AGGAUCUGGGAAGCCAUAGAGGGACGCUCCUUUUUGAUGAACCACUGAAAAUGAAUUGACCUGAGAGAGCCACCUGUUAUCAUUCCAUGCCUGGAAAAGAAGAAAGAUGUGAGAGUAGAGUUGUAUUUAAAAUGGAAGUUGACAUAAAUGGAGAGACCAGAACAACCAUAGCUACGCUUCCCUUACCUAUUGCAGAGGUGAGUUCCACAGGCAAAGUGGAAGCAGAGAAACCUCGAUGCUCCAGCACCCCAUGCUCACCAAUGCGACGGACUGUUUCAGGCUAUCAGAUCCUUCACAUGGAUUCUAACUACCUGGUUGGCUUCACAACUGGUGAGGAGCUCUUGAAAUUAGCCCAGAAGUGUACAGGAAGUGAAGAAAAUAAAGUGGAAGCUAUGCCCACCGUGCGCUCCAAACAACUUGAUUCAGGACUGACACGUUCCUCACGGUUGUACAAAGCUAGAAGUAGGUACUAUCAGCCAUAUGAGAUUCCAGCUGUAAAUGGAAGAAGGAGACGACGGAUGCCGAGCUCAGGGGAUAAAUGCACUAAGGCUUUACCAUAUGAACCCUACAAGGCACUUCAUGGUCCUCUGCCUCUUUGUCUCCUCAAAGGUAAGAGGGCUCAUUCUAAAUCCCUGGACUACCUCAAUUUAGAUAAAAUGAACAUCAAGGAACCUGCAGACACAGAAGUGCUACAAUAUCAGCUCCAGCACCUUACACUAAGAGGGGACCGUAUGUUUGCUAGAAAUAACACAUGAACUACCAUGUGGAAGUUAAAGCCAACUCCUGAUAAUUUCUUCAUUGCUGCAAAAAUCCACUAUUGUACUGUGUACAUGACUGUCCACAUUGUAGGUGGUUGUAUCAGCUAAGUAUUAUCAGAACGUUAUUUAUUGAAUUAAAUUUUGAACACCCAAAAUGUCUCAGAUAUUUGGAGGGGAAACAUCUUUUCUGAUCGAUUAGCUUCUGAAGAAAAUCUGACUCUAAUUGGUGGACGUUUCUUUGGGACACUUUUUAACAAAGAAAAGGCUUUUGUACAGGUAUUUACGGUGAUUUGACACUCAGAAAUUGGUGAUGGUGUCUGCUUGGUUGUUGCUAACUUGGCUUGCUAUUGGAAGUUGCUGUCGAAGAAGCAUCAAGUUCUCCUUUUGUCAUUUUCUGUACUUUACACUAAAAUGUAUGUAUGGUAAUUUGUUGCAUUACUGAAAAGAAUGUGAAAGUGGCUGAAUUGGACCACUUGUUAUUUAAACUGGAUUGUUUUAAACAUUUUGAAAGUGGGUCUGUGCUAGAAAAAGAUUUCACUGAUGCAAAUGAACAAAUAUUGAAAAUUAUCAAAGUUAUUUUUAGUUUCUUUUUUUCUUCCUCUAUUUUAAAAACUUAGGUUAAAUAAGUAUUUGGAAUAUUUUUUUUAAAAAAAAUCCAGUCUGGAAAUGAAGAUUUUCAUCAAAUUUACUUACAAGGAUUAUUUACUUGUAAUAAACUUUGGUUUUUAAAAUUUGUUUUGACAUAUAAGCAAGGACCCAAUUUAGAUUUCAACAUUAUAGAUUAAAAUGUCUACAUUAGAAAGUAGCAUUGAAUGAAAUUUGAUUUUUUUAAAAUAUUUAUUUGUAUUACAUGUAUAAGUAAUGGAAGGUGUUAAAAACACAACUUUAGCAUUGGACUGGAAAUUCCAGUUAUUUGCAGCACUGAACACUUUUUAAAAUUAAAAAUCCAGAUGCCUGAAUUAAUUUGAAGGAGUACAGUGCUUCUAUAGCAACCUUGAAGUACUGAGUCUGGAUUUAACAAUGUAUAUCAAAUGCACUGACUUAAUUUGUUGCUUCAUGACAGCAAAUGCAAUUUUAACUACUGCAAACUUAAAUAUGUUUGGAAAAUAAAUGUAGCUUGCCUCUGUAAAAGUACCAUUUUUCAUUCUUUGUCUUUUAAAGGUGCAAGUUAUUACUGAGGGUGUGAAACCAUGCUUGGUUCUGCUCAGUGAGCUAUUUAGAAGUUAAAGAUUUAAAUAAGCACCGUGUCUAUGAAAUAGAAAUAAUUUAUAAUUGAACAGUCAUACCUAGCACAAUUUUGAUUUUUUUUUCCCCAGAAUGAAUGGAAAGCACUAGUGCAGAAUGUGGGUUGUGGAAAAACAAGAAUUCUUUUCAUCCUUUCACUUACUCCACAGUUGUAGUUGGCUACAGUAAAGAGCCUGUGGAUAGUUUUGCAUUCUACUGGUUUGAUUAGUCUUUUAGGUAUGUUAGAAAUAUUUAUAGCUGAUGUAUAUUUUAACGUAAACUGCACCUCUGUAAACUUAUUGUAUUUAAGAAUGAUCUCUAAAGUAAACUAUUCCUAUAUAGUCUCUAGUUUCACAAACAGAAUACUGUCAGAUGCCAAAGAGAGAUGGGUUUUAUGUUUAAUGAUUAAACACCACUAUUUAUUGAUUUUUUGACCCUAUGAACUGUAUUUCUGGCUAUGAAAUAAAAGGGUGGUGUAAAAAUA